CGUACCGCGAUAACGUGUUAAAGUGUUGAUACACGAACAAUUAUAAUAAAGGUUUACCAAAUAAUUCAACGAACAACGGAGAACAUUAUGAAAUAUUUACACAUCGGUCACGAAAAUCGUAAUUCUUAGGUUUCAGGAACGACGAAAUAUCAGUAUUAUAUUUUCACGGUUGCGGUGUUAAAUAUAUAUCAACAUGUAUUGUCGGAGAGACCGCGCAAGAUAAAUUAUAACUGGCACAUAUUAUGUUUAUGAUUACAGUUAACUUGAUUAAGAGAACUAUUCGCUGUGCAUUAAACUCUUAAUUCAAUUUUUGUAAAGUUGCUAAGUUACCAUCAUUAAUAAAUACUAGUCUUGUCGUCACUGGCCAAAUAAUGAAACUCGAUUCGGAUUUCUUACCCGAAAAACAAUGUAUUGUUAUCGAUAUUGGCACUAAGUACACAAAAUUUGGAUUUGCAACUGAACAUUCACCUAGAUGUAUAAUACGAACUUGUUGUGAAAUUGACGGAAUACCUAUCCCUGACAUAUAUAAAUGUAAAGAUGCACAAAAUCUUACUUUAGCUCUAACAAAUUUCAUUCAUAUAUUAUUUUACAAACAUGCUCUUAUUGCUCCUAAGGAUAAAAAAGUAAUAAUCGUUGAAUCAUUAUUAUCACCAACAAAGUUUAAAGAAAUACUAGCAAAGGUUUUGUUCAUAACAUAUGAAGUUGCAUCUUUGUGUUUUGUACCAUCUCAUUGUGCUUCCUUAUUCACACUUGGUAUUUCUACAGCACUGGUAUUUGAUGUAGGAUAUAAAGAAGCUAUUCUUAUACCUGUUUGUGAAGGAGUACCUGUUCUUAGAUUGUGGCAAACAAUGCCAUUGGCUGGAGAAGCUGUGGAGAAUAUAAUUAAAACUCGUAUUAAUAUAGGUCAAUUAUCUCCAGAUGAAUCAAUAGACAGUAUUGCUGAAGAUAUAAAAUCAAGAACCUGUUUUGUUACCACUUUGAAACGUAGCAAAAUUCUAGAGUCGGGUAACACUGUUGAACCAAAAACUACAAGUGUUGAAUAUCAUAUAAACGGAGAGAGAUCUAUACAAAUACCUGGAGAUAUUAGGGAAACAGCUUAUGAUGUAUUGUUUGAAGAAAACAUUGAUAAUAUGUCCAUAACUACUAUGAUACUUGAGGCCAUAGUUAAUAGUAAUGUGGAUACACGUUUAAAGCUUGCUGAAAAUAUUGUUCUUAUGGGUGGAACAGUAAUGGCUAAAGGUUUUAUGGCAAGAUUAAAAGAAGAAUUAUUAGAAAAGCUGAAAUCACCCAAUUAUAAAAAUUUAAAAAUUAAAAAUUUCAAGUUUCACAUACCACCUGCUUCUGAAAAUUAUAUUGCAUGGCUUGGAGGAUCAAUAUUUGGUUGUACAAAUAAUUUAAACAUACUUUCACAAACCAGAGAAAAUUAUAUUAAUGAAAGCUAUGUUCCAGACUGGCCUACAACUUUAACAAGGCAAAUGAUAGAAUAAGAAAUAUUAUUUUAUUUUUCUAUACUUGUAUAUUAAAUAUAUUUGUUCUAUUAACAUGUACGCAGUGUAAGGCUACAUUUUUAAAUGCCAAGCUACAAAGCCAUUUGCCUAGCAGCAUCAACUAUUGAGUUAAAAAGUGAAAAAUAUCAUUCAUAUUUUGAUGUAAAAAUAAUACUUCAAAUUUUAUAUUUGUUUUUUUGUA